CGGUUUGCGGAGGAUCGUAGGGGGCCUUCUCCUCUUUCUCUCUGCGUAUCUGCCGUCGACGAUCCGAAGGGAUAAAAAGGGCCCCUCCGCCGAGGAGCGUUCGGACUCGGACGCGCGGAGAUCGUGUCCCGUUCGCGGCACUCUCUCGAGGCUGGGCUCCUCUCUCUCAUCUCGCCGCUACGAGAGAAACCCCGAUGGAACGCGUAGCGUGGAGGGAACCGGGGUGGUUCAGUUAAGGCUCCCCGAACGAUGUGCCAUGGCCUCAUCCUUAGGGGGCCCAGGAAUGACCGCGGGCGUCCCGCCGCCGCGAAUAGUCAACCUGGAAUUUCCCCCACCUCCACCUUAUCCGCCGCCCCACAGUCAGAUAUCGUGCCCCGCGUUAAUGGAACCGGUAUCGUCACCCAUCACGAGCUCACGACAGCAUCUUUUGGAUUAUUCGUAUGCGUACUACCAGUCUGAUUCUGGUCAUUUCCAUGCGACAUAUCCGACAGAGGUGCUGUCGCAGCAGCAGCAGCAGCAGCAGCAACAACAACAAGAACAACAGCAACAGCAGCAUCAGCUACGACAACCUCAGCAACAGUUGCAGCAGAUAAGGUCGGAUGCUUUAAAGAGACACACUUACACAACUUGCUACGGCACGGAGGAAAACAUUUACGAAGAGAUAUCGGAAAUCAGCAAGCAAUGCCAUCGCGCGUUACACGGAUCGCGACGGUCGCUCGUGGCAGAGGAGGUGCGUCGCGUACAAUCGCGACACCGUCGCGUGCUCGGGGAACUCAAUUUAAGCGUGGAGGCGAUGCUGAUGCCGACCGCGGUCGACAAUAACGAGGAGGAAAUGGCGCAAGAAGCCCAUGGAACCUCCACCGAAGAGCUGUUGCCUUCGGUUGGCCCCGCCGACGAUCUCCUCUCCCGCGUUGGGUGUGACAUGGACAGCGGCUUCAGUGGGAGCUCUACCGCGAGUUACAGAUCGGGCUUGGGUUCUUUAAGAAGAGGAAUGGGAAGAACGAGCGGUUCGGAACCGAUCGGCGUUCUGCGUAAGACGAAAGCCGCCAUGAUUUGGAAGAAAGGCUGGAAAGGUUGGAAAAAACUCCACUCCUUCGGGAGCAGCAGCAGCAACAGCAGCAGUAACAGCAAGAUCGUUGAUGAGCCUCGUUCAAGGUGCAGAUCGUGGGAUGACGUAGGACCGGGCAAGAUGGAAACGGUUAGCGGGAAUUCGCACGCGCAUCAUUCCUCGUUAGAGACCAGCAGGUCCAACACGUCGACGCAGUCUGCGAGAAGCGAGGACUCCUGGUGCUCGGCGUCGGACCACGAUCUCUCCUCCGAUGACGAAAGCGAGAAGAGCAAUAUCAGUAUUAAAAGCAACUGUCAAUUGAGAAACACGUUGCAUAAGGCGCGCACGCUUUGCGACAAGUGGCGGUUUCAGAAUAUGCCGGUGAACAACGUAGACCUCCUGGAGUCCCCGGGGAACCACGGCCGCCUCUCGAGGUGGUUCAGCAUCCGCCGAGGUUCGUCGCAUCAUUAUGACGUCGACUCCUCGGACACGGUGUCUCUGACCAGCCCGGUCAAAACGUCACAAAUGCCACAGCUCUGUGAAGUCGACGAGGAGAACAGUGCUAUGGUACAAUUUCAAUGCAUGCAACAGCGAAGACAGGCUCCGCCUACGCUUCCACCGCCACCUCCAAAUCUGUCCCCUCAGCAACUGAAACGCAGACAUAUCGUGGCUGCGAUAGUACACUCCGAAAAUAGUUAUGUAUCUACCUUGCAGAGAUUGGUAAAUGACUACAAGAAACCAUUGGAGGAAUCUUCGCCACCCAUAUUGAGUCAAUCUAAAAUUGGAACGUUGUUUCAUAGGCUGCCUGAAAUUUUACAAUGCCAUACGUUAUUUAGAAUUGCUCUGGCAGAAUGUGUACGAUCCUGGGACAAGGAUGAAAAGCUGGGAGACGUAUUCGUCGCGAGUUUUAGCAAGGCCAUUGUUCUUGACAUUUACAGCGGCUUUAUAAAUAACUUUUCUGUGGCGAUGGAUUUAGCUAAACAAGAAUCGAAGAGAAAAACCGCACUCGCUGAUUUUUUUAAGGUGAAGCAAAUAAGUGCUCACGAUAGAUUAUCUUUCUUUGGAUUGAUGGUCAAACCCGUGCAGAGGUUUCCACAAUUUAUCCUAUUUUUACAAGAUUUAUUGAAGCAUACACCACAAGGACACCAUGACAGAAUGUCACUGCAGUUAGCGUUAACGCAGCUCGAGAGUUUGGCAGAAAUGCUGAACGAAAGGAAACGUGAAGCGGAACAAUUCCAAGCGUUUAAAGAAAUGUUGCGACACGUUUCUGGAAAGUUGUCACACCGUCCGCUUUCUUCAGCGUCACGUUACCUUAUUAGAGAAGAUAAUGUCACGCAAUUGGAGUUCAAUCAAAAUGGCAUGAUAACGAAAUCCAAGAGAAGAAGGCUGUUGCUACUGAACGAUCUAGUAGUGUGCGUUUCCGUUACCCCGAGAUCUACGGAAGACUUUUCAGGAAACGAACGACUAACGUUAAAAUGGACAUAUCCAGUGUCAGAUAUUGAGAUUCAAGACACUAGUACUUCUCCGACUUUAAGUCGAUUGCUCACCGCUGGAUUGAAUAAGGGCGGUAGUUUAAAAUCUGACAAAAGCGGAGAGUGCGGACAAGCAGCUGAUGCAGACAGUCUCUGUGUAGAGAUGAACGAUCUUAUGCACGAUUACGAAGUAAUGUCCAGAAUAAGUGAUUUGGUGGCCCAAUUAAAGGGCAGAUACGAGGGGAUGACGCUUCAGACUACCAAGCAAAUUCUGCAAUCGAUACAAAUGUCGAUACAGCAGAAAGAUGAGGACAUGGUAUGGGCCGAUAGUUGUUGCCUCCAACUAGUCACGAAACAAGGUCAAAUGUAUACGUUUCAAACGGAAAAUCCAUUAGUGAAAAAGGAUUGGAUAACAGAGAUGAGAUUGGCGCAAUUAGCUUUGGAUCCUAAUAACUCUCCAUCGUGGGAAGUGCCUGAACAAGAGCAAAGACCGUCGACAAAAAUGCCACUUUUCGUUAGUUCACAAGCCGUAUAUCAUUCGCAACAUCAGACCGAAGUGCGUUGCGGUUGUUAUUAUUCCAUUGAAAACUCACGUCCCACGAGACGACGUGGUAGAAGUCAAAAUUAUUUGUGGAUAUGUACAGGAGAUGGUAUAUCUAGCCACGUAACAAUUUUCGGUCAAUCGACAACAGCUUCGGCAACUUGUUUGAAACGUAUAACCACUUUCGAUCUGGUCGAGACUAGAGUGAGCGCUAUCGAGUUUGUAAAAGGAGUGUCCAGCGAGUUUACCACGCUCGCCAGCGAUCUCGUAUGGAUGGGCACGGAUUCUCGGAGGAUUAUAAUUUACGCCGCGACGGAACCCGAGAAAGAAGAAGAGAUUGGCAGUUACCCCGUUUCGGGACCCGUAAUAGAAAUCAAGUAUCAUUGCGAUAAUGUUUUCGUAGCUUUAGGCACGGGCUUGUUACUUUUGUUCAAACGACAAAUCGACGGCGCAUGGAAUCUCAAGGAACCCUUCAGCAUAUCACUUGGUAACGAUCCUGUCUCGUGUCUAAUGCCGAUCAAUACGUCAGUUUAUGCCGCGUGUGGCAAGAAGGUGUGGGUACUUAACGCUACUUCGGGCGACAUCAUCAAGAGCUUCAGCGCGCAACACGAACACGUCGGGAACGUGAAGCUCAUGGCCCAUUCCGGAGUCGGUCUUUGGGUCGCCCUGAAAAACUCGAGCACAGUUUGCCUUUAUCACACGGAAACAUUUAAACACCUGCAAGAUAUCAAUAUAGCGUCUAAUGUGUUGAGAGUGACGAAGAUGAGUAAUCCCGUCAACUCGAGCGGCGGCACUCUCGCUGUUAAUAAUCAAACCACGGUCACGGUCACGGCGCUUUUAGCAUGCAAGGGUCUUUUAUGGGUCGGCACUAAUGUGGGCAUUAGUCUGACUAUUCCACUACCGCGAUUGGAAGGUGUGCCUAUUAUCAGCGGUCGUGUCAAUAUCUCGUAUCACGCUCACUUCGGUCCGAUCACCUUUUUACUGGCCAUACAAAAUACGAAGAACACAGUGUACUCGGCGAAGGAACGCGUCAACGUUGAUGACGAAAGUGUACAAUUGAGAACGAGAGACACCGAGCAGAGAUCGCGCGAUAGGACCAGUUUAGAUUCCUCUGUGAGUAGCAACAUCGUGAAGCUGAAACAACAGCUAACCGGAAGCCCGGUGAUGCUGAGAAGAAAGCGCAGCAAGGAGUACGACUGCAGAGGUUCGAAGACACUUCCGAGAGGAUUAGGUGCUGGCUGUGGAUUUCUGUCGAGCUCCUUUUCCAGCUCGCAAAGUUCCGGUGAAAACUGUGACGUUUAUGGGCUUUAUGGUGAAUUGAUGUAUGUGAAGGAUUAUGAAAAUGAAAACAAUUCCGGCAUAGAUCCCAUUUACGAGUCGUUGAGAAGAAGCGAUCCAGAGUUGGCGGCCAUACCAAAUAAAGUGAGUACCUUGGAUCGUAGAUUAAAAAUGAAAAUUACUAGACCUAGAUCGCUGGAUCUUUCCAACUGGUCGGUGGACUCUCAUGCUAGCUCCUUGUACACGUCUUCGGGAUCGGAGGAGAACCUGUCUCUAAAAACUGGAAAGUUAUCGCGUAAUAGUAGCAUAGCUAGUCGUAACGGUCCCUACGAACUCUCCACACCUAACAAUAGCGUAGUAGAAUCGGGAUUGGAAACAACGCCCGCGACCAAUCUCAAGGCGAACGGCAAGAAAAACGGCAAGGCGGUUCAGCAAGUAGAGCAACCCAAGAGAACGGUGCUAACGCUGAUGGGUGGACGCGGUUACAUCAAUUGGAGGCAACUCCAUGCGCAGUCCGGUGUUGACAAGAGUUCGAAAUCGACCUACGCGUUCAAAGAUCCUAACAGCAACGACGCACAUAUCGUCUUAUGGGAGAUGAAAUUAUGAUAUACGAUCGCGUUUUUAGGCCUGUCGUUUAUACAUCAAUGCGAGAAGCGAAAUUUUGACGCUGAUAUGUAUGUAGUAUAGUAGACAAUAGGACCAAAAGAGUACUGAUAACACUUUAGAUAAGAUUGUUGAUAAUUGUAAAGAACUAUCGGACACAUGGUAUAAUCUCGAUUGCGUAGGAUUAUGUAGCAGCGAGUAUCCGUGUCUUUUCGGCUAGAAUGUGACGUUACAUUUAGUAUUGAUUGUUGGUUUAAAACAAUUUAAACGAGAAUCGAGCUACUGGAAUCAAUAAAGAUGACUCGAGAGUAUUAGAAUAUUGAACGUCCCUCGAUUAUUAAGAUACUUAAGGGGGUAUUUUGGUUUAAAAUGUAAAA